UUGGUAGCAAACCGGAGUGAAAAGGAGCAAGAAUUUUUUGCUCCGGAGCAACAGGGAGUAACUUCCGUGUACUGGAACAAACCUACAUUGUCAAAACGCUUGGAUCGUCAAAGAGAAACAAAAAAACGACACACAUUGUCAAAACGCUUGGAACUAAGUGCAAGAAAAAACUUUCUGUCGAAAUCGUGUUAAACAGGAAAAGAAAACGAGUGGAAAUUGUUUCUUCGCAUUUUUAUUGCAUUUGUAAUUUGCUGGAAAACUACUAGUUAGUGAAAGUGUCGUCCUGAAACUGCAUUAAUCUAUUACGUUGUAUAGUACGCAGUUAGGUACUUGUUUUCACGGUAUUUGGAAAAAAAUUACUGAUUGCAGGAUCCAGGUGUUCCGCUGACAAGUGAAAAAAUGGAAGCUCUCAUACCGGUGGUGAACAAGCUCCAGGAUGUGUUCAAUACGGUUGGCUCGGAUGCCAUUCAACUGCCACAGAUCGUUGUUCUUGGCAGUCAGAGUUCCGGCAAAAGUUCUGUCAUUGAAAGCCUUGUGGGAAGAACGUUUUUGCCUCGGGGAACCGGAAUUGUAACCCGUCGGCCAUUGAUUCUGCAGCUGGUUUACACUCCACUGGAUGACCGAGAGCAUCGUUCGGCGGAUACGGGGACAGUCAGCGUUGAAGAAUGGGGUCGUUUCCUGCAUAUCAAAAACAAGGUCUUCACCGACUUCGACGACAUCCGUAAUGAGAUUGAAAAUGAGACGGACCGUAUGGCGGGAAGUAACAAGGGAAUAUGUCCGGAGCCGAUAAAUCUGAAGAUUUAUUCAACAAAGGUGGUCAAUUUGACGCUGGUUGAUUUGCCGGGAAUCACAAAGGUUCCAGUUGGGGAUCAACCUGAAGAUAUCGAAUCGCAGAUCAAGGACUUACUGGUUCAGUACAUCGAGAAUCCCAACUCGAUUAUUUUAGCGGUGACGGCGGCCAACACGGAUAUGGCAACCAGCGAGUCCCUUAAAAUGGCCAAAGAAGUGGACCCCGAUGGUCGGAGAACGUUGGCCGUGUUAACGAAGCUUGAUUUGAUGGAUGCCGGUACUGACGCAAUUGAUAUUCUUUGCGGUCGAGUUAUUCCGGUAAAGUUGGGCAUCAUCGGAGUGGUCAAUCGAUCUCAACAGGCUAUUAAUGAUAAAAAGGCGAUUGAAGAGCAACUUCGGGAUGAGGCAGCUUAUCUACAAAGAAAGUAUCCUACGCUGGCAACCCGCAAUGGAACACCGUAUCUUGCGAAAACGUUGAAUCGUCUAUUGAUGCAUCAUAUACGCGACUGUCUGCCAGAUCUGAAAACACGUGUGAACGUGAUGGCUUCACAGUUUCAAUCGUUGUUGAACUCCUAUGGAGAAGAUGUGACCGAUAAGAGCCAGUGUUUGCUGCAAAUCAUUACUAAAUUCGCUUCCGCGUACUGUUCCACAAUUGAAGGAACCUCGCGGAAUAUUGAAACUACUGAGCUGUGUGGAGGAGCACGAAUUUGUUAUAUUUUCCACGAAACAUUUGGAAAAACACUAGACUCAAUCCAUCCCCUGACGGGAUUGACAAAAAUGGACAUUCUUACUGCGAUCCGUAAUGCAACGGGACCACGGCCCGCUCUCUUUGUACCGGAAGUCAGCUUCGAGUUGCUCGUGAAGCGUCAAAUCCGAAGACUCGAAGAACCAUCGCUUCGAUGUGUAGAACUUAUUCAUGAAGAAAUGCAGCGUAUUAUUCAGCAUUGUGGUACCGAAGUACAACAAGAAAUGCUUCGAUUUCCUAAGUUGCACGAAAAAAUUGUUGAUGUGGUCACCCAGUUACUCCGACGCCGUCUGCCGACCACAAACUCAAUGGUUGAGCAUCUCGUUCAGAUCGAACUGGCUUACAUUAACACUAAGCAUCCUGAUUUUCACAAAGAUGCCGCAUUGGUUCCCAGUCUAUUGAAAGCCGAUUUGCAGGAUCAGUGGGCACAUCUGCAUCAAACUGGAAACCCACCGAGCCGUCGAGCCCGGCCUGCCCCACAACCGAUCGCUCCUGUUCAGCAGAAUGCGGAACCGAUCGAGACUAAUCACGUCAGCGAACAAGCAUCCAGCUGGUUGUCUAAUAUUCUACCGCCACCUACCGGACAUACCCCACCAGGAAUCCCCGGAAUGCUGCAUUCGGAGAGUGCAGAAUCCUCUUCUACAAACACUCCAACCCACGGAGUGUUAAGUCCGUCGAAACCAGUCAAUCUGCUCCCUGAUGUUCCGAUCAACCAUUCGUCCCGAAAACUGACCGAUAAGGAGCAGAAGGAUUGUGAUGUUAUUGAACGUCUUAUCAAAUCCUAUUUCUACAUCGUGCGUAAGUCCAUCCAGGACUCGGUACCAAAGGCCAUAAUGCACUUCCUUGUUAAUUUUGUCAAGGACAACCUGCAGUCAGAGCUGGUAACGCAUCUAUAUAAAUCGGAUUCGGCCAACGAGCUGCUGAACGAGUCGGAUCACAUCUCGAUCCGUCGUAAGGAGGCCAGCGAUAUGCUUAAGGCACUGACACGCGCCAACCAUAUUAUUAGCGAAAUUCGUGAAACGCACAUGUGGUAAAGCAGGAGGCAAGUAGUCACGCAUGAAAAACUCGACUGUAAAUUGUGGAAAGGCACACAAAUACAUGAUCAUGCAUUGUGAACCCUUACUUUACUUCUUAUUCAUGUAGAUGUUAUUCAGAAGUGAUUAGGCUUUUACAUUUGACCCCUUCCUGGUCUCUGUUCAUCAGUUCUUUCCCCUUUGGAGUGAACUCUGUGUCCACUACCAGUAACAUUAACGAAAUGCAUUCAUAUUGUGCUUUUUAAUAGUGAGCCAUGAACUAGAACUGUUGUUACGAAUUAUACAUUAAAAUAACUUUGUUGCUGUGAAUCACUGUUCAUACUUACACCGAGAGAUUUGAAUCAGCUGUCUAUUAUUGAUGCUUUUGUUUCAAACAGAUGAGCAGCAGUCUUGACUGUUGAAAGAAAGACACAAAUGUAAAACAAAAACACAUGUCAUCUAGUCCUCUUAUCCAACGAUAUUAAUUCUAUUACUUCAACCUUAGUUGCUCAAAUAUAUUUUCGUAGACAUCCCAACAUUUUGCCAAAGAAAUGCUGCAACUCGAAAAAAUAAUGCGGCUGGCUUCUCUCAAAUGUAUGUACACUGAAGUAACGAGACUUAAACUAUUUAUACUAUCAUCUUAAAAUUCUUAACCCUUUAUAAAACCCUUCUGUAAGAUUUCAUAUUUGAUUACAUCAAAAUGAAAAAAAACGUCGAUUUAACAUGUUACGUUAUCUAGUUGAAAAAUUAACAUGUUUUUGUUCUACCAUAGACAGUUGAAUAUUUAAGUUUGGAGAUAUUGAGAGGAACCGAGGUACUGAAAUAAGUCCAUAGUUUGGAAAGUUAACUGUCAGAUAUUACAGAACCUCGAAAAUUUUUCCACCAGUCUCCCGUGAAUGUUCAGAAAUGCAUUGCUGAAAGAAAUAUAAAAUACUUGCAAAAGCUAUUGUUACAAUACAGAGUGAAGACGAUAGUUUAAUAAGUGCUAAAUUAUCAACACCGCGAGACAUCCUGCGAAAUUUCCGUAGAAUAAAUUAAUAAAAUUAUGUCGUAUUA